CUCCGUAGUGCUCAUGUCCACCUCAAUGAACCCGGGAGAACUGAAUGGGAAGGUUUUGCAACUGGAACCAGAGCAGCUGCAUCUGGAGGUAUAACCGCUCUCAUCGACAUGCCGCUGAACUCUAUCCCUCCAACAACGACGGUUUCCAACCUCGAUGCCAAAAGAAAUGCUGCGCGGGGUCAAUGCUACGUCGAUGUCGCUUUCUGGGGAGGCGUUAUACCUGGAAAUCAGGAGCAUCUUGUCCCCCUUGUCCGAUCUGGUGUCAAAGGGUUUAAGUGCUUUCUGAUAGAGAGUGGUGUGGAUGAAUUCCCUUGCGUGAAAGAGGAGGAUCUCAUGCUAUCGAUGAGAGAAUUGGAAAAUUCGUCCUCAGUCUUGCUCUUCCAUGCAGAACUUGACAACACGAUCUCUCUCAAUAGCGAGGCCAGUCCGACCGAAUACGAAACCUUUCUACGAUCGCGGCCACAGACAUUCGAAUCCGAUGCUAUCUCACUCAUCGUAAAAUUACUCAAACUAUAUCCCUCGCUGCGGUGCCACAUUGUUCACUUGUCAGCAGCUUCAGCGCUGCCCAUCAUUAGGGAAGCGAAAAGGGCCGGGCUUCCCCUGACGGCAGAAACUUGCUUUCAUUACCUUUGUCUUUCCGCUGAGGACAUUCCUCGUGGCCAUACCGAAUUCAAGUGUUGCCCACCUGUCCGUGAGUCAUCCAACAGAGAUCAGCUCUGGGAUGCCUUGAAGGAAGGGCUGAUCGAUUGUGUUGUAUCCGACCACAGCCCUUGUGUGGUCGAGCUAAAGAAUAUGGAGACGGGUGAUUUCAUGAGCGCUUGGGGAGGUAUCAGCACUCUUGGGCUGGGCCUAAGUUUGCUGUGGACUGAAGGCAGGAAACGGGGGGUUUCGCUGGGCCAGUUGGUCGAAUGGAUCAGCACCAGAACUGCAGAACACGGAGGACUGGGUGAUACAAAAGGAAAGCUAGCUGUGGGUUACGACGGGGAUUUUGUCCUCUGGGAUCCCGAAGCAGACUUGCAGGUUACCAAAGAAAAUCUCAGGUUCAAGAAUAAGAUCUCGCCAUACGAGGGGCUUGUGUUGAAGGGGCGGGUUCAUAAAACCUAUCUUCGGGGCACUCUAGUGUGUGAUGGGGGAUUUAUAGUUGAAAGUCCUCAAGGACAUGUGUUGUAG